UCUCGCGCCAUUUCUUGCAGGUCAGUGUGCAACUAUGGCAAAUGCACAUGUAGACAAAGAUGCCUUUUUCAGGCGAAUGAAAAAGCUGUAUUCAGCUUGGGCUAAAGCAAGUGAAGAUGAUCCACUGGGGAAGGCUGAUGCUCUGGCCACCGCUGUCGGUAUUGAUGAGGAGACUGUAUAUUCCAAGUCUACUGCGCUACAGACUUGGUUGUUUGGAUAUGAGCUGACAGACACAAUCAUGGUGCUCUGUGAAAGUAACAUCUUCCUGCUGGCCAGCAAAAAGAAGAUUGAGUUUCUUAAACAGAUAGAUGCCUCAAAAGACAAUGAGUCGAUAGUUCCACCAAUCAAACUUCUUGUAAGAGACAAGGGCGACAAAGAUCAAGCUAAUUUUGAGGCGUUGACAGGUGCGAUUGCCAAGAGUAAAAAGGGGAAAACUCUUGGUGAGUUUGCAAAGGAUAAGUUUCCCGGUGAUUUCAUGAAUGCAUGGCGAGCAGCCAUAAAGAAGAGUGGAGUUGAAUUGGUUGACAUCAGUGUACCUGUUGCAUACAUCAUGGCUCCCAAAGAAGAAGGAGAACUGAAGAUCAUGCAGAAAGCCAGCCAGGUGACCUGUGACGUGUUCAACAAAUGGCUGAAAGAACAAAUCAUGAGCAUUGUGGAUGCUGAGAAGAAAGUGAAACAUUCCAAGUUAGCCGAUGGUGUGGAGUCAUCACUACAGAAUAAGAAGUAUGUGACGCCGGUGGACACGUCUCAGCUGGAUCUCUGUUACCCUGCUAUCAUACAGAGUGGGGGAAAGUACAGCCUCAAGUUCAGCACAGUCAGUGAUGACUCAGACUUACACUUUGGCUGCAUCAUCUGUUGUUUCGGGGCCCGAUACAAGUCCUACUGCUCUAACAUCGUAAGGACCUUACUGGUAGACCCCACAGAGGAGAUGCAGAAAGUAUAUGACUUCCUCAUUAAGGUUGAGGAGGAAAUCAUCAACAAACUUCAGCAUGGAACAAAACUGAACGAAGUGUACGAAGCCGGCAUGAACAUGGUGAAAAAAGAGCGACCUGAAUUGGUUGAGAAACUCACGAAAAACUUUGGGUUUGUCAUGGGUAUUGAGUUUCGAGAAGGAUCUCUCCUGAUUGCUAACAGGACCACAGCUCCAGCCAAGAAAGGGAUGGUAUUUAAUGUAAAUGUGGGUUUCUCUGGGCUUACUAACAGCGCUGGAAAGGACAGUAAAAGUAAACAGUAUGCCCUGUUUGUUGGGGACACUGUGUAUGUUAAUGAGAAUGCGCCAGCUACUUUAAUGACCACAUUGAAGAAGAAAGUCAAACACAUUGCUAUCUUCCUGAAGGAUGAAGAUGAAGAUGAUGAGGAGGAAGAAGAGGAGGCAGAGAAGACGGAAGCUCCGGUGUUGUUAGGCCGGGGCCAGCGCAAUGCUAUUCUUGACAGCAGGACCAGGACGGAGAUGUCAGCUGAAGAAAAACGUCAGCAACAUCAGAAGGAGCUGGCAACUAAGAUGAAUGAGGAGGCUCGAGAGAGACUGAAGGGUCUGCAGUCUGGUACAGAGGACAAGAAAGUGAGAAAGUCAAAUGUGUCCUACAAAAGCCAGUCACAUUUACCCAAUGAGGCCGAGGUUAAGGAGCUUAAACUGUACGUAGACAGACGAAGUGAGAGUCUUAUACUUCCAGUAUUCGGUGUCCCAACUCCAUUUCACAUCUCUACUGUCAAGAACAUCAGUCAGUCUGUAGAAGGAGACUACACAUACCUGAGAAUCAACUUUUACCACCCAGGUUCUGCCCUGGGCAGGAACGAGGGGAACAUCUUCGCCCAUCCAGAUGCCACAUUUGUCAAGGAGAUCACAUACAGAAGUUCCAAUGCUAAGGAACCUGGAGAGAUUUCGGCACCAUCUUCUAACCUCAACACCGCCUUCAGACUGAUCAAAGAAGUGCAGAAGAAGUUCAAGACGAGGGAGGCUGAAGAGAGAGAAAAGGAGGGUAUUGUCAAACAAGACACACUGAUAGUGAACCCGAAUCGAGGCAACCCCAAACUGAAGGACCUUUAUAUUCGCCCGAACAUUGUCUCCAAGAGAAUUUCGGGAACACUGGAAGCCCACACCAAUGGUUUCCGCUUCACUUCUGUGCGUGGAGACAAAGUGGACAUUCUCUACAACAACAUCAAACACGCAUUCUUCCAGCCCUGUGACGGAGAAAUGAUUAUCCUACUGCACUUUCACCUAAAGCACGCGAUAUUGUUUGGUAAGAAGAAGCAUAUUGAUGUGCAGUUUUAUACUGAAGUAGGGGAGAUAACCACUGACCUGGGGAAACAUCAACAUAUGUUAGACAGAGAUGACCUCCACGCAGAGCAGGCAGAGAGAGAACUGCGACAACGUCUGAAGUCAGCGUUCAAAAGUUUCUGUGAAAAAGUGGAGUUGAUGUCCAAACAGGAGAUCGAGUUUGACACACCCUUUAGGGAGUUGGGGUUCCCUGGGGUGCCCUUCAGGAGCACUGUGUUGCUCCAGCCCACCAGUGGAUGCUUGGUUAACCUCACUGAAUGGCCCCCGUUUGUGGCGUCUCUGGAUGAGGUAGAGUUGGUACACUUUGAGCGCGUCCAGUUCCACCUGAAGAACUUUGACAUGGUGUUUGUGUACAAGGACUACAAUCGUAAGGUCAGCAUGGUGAACGCUAUCCCCAUGAAUAUGCUGGAUCAUGUCAAGGAAUGGCUCAAUUCCUGUGAUAUACGCUAUACAGAGGGUAUUCAGAGUUUGAACUGGACAAAGAUCAUGAAGACGAUCACAGACGAUGCUGAGGGUUUCUUUGACAAUGGAGGCUGGAGUUUCCUGGAUCCUGACAGUGGGGCGGAGGACAAUGAAGAUGAUGACGAUGAUGAGGAUGAUGAUGCGUAUCAGCCGAGCGGUUCAGGUAGUGGUGAGGACAGCAGCGAUGAAGAUUAUAGUGACGAGGCGAGCGACUGGGACGAGGAAGAUGACUCGGGAGGUUCAGAUGAAGAGAUGGGAUCGAGUGAGGAGAGUGGCAAGGACUGGGAUGAGCUGGAAGAGGAGGCUCGUAGAGCUGAUCGUGGGGAAGAUGAAGAAGAAUCAAGGCCUCACAAGAGGAAGCGACACGACAGCGGCAGUAGCAAACACAAGCACAAGAGCAGCAGCCAUGACAGACACAGCAACCAUAAGAGUUCUCCUCACAAGAGUUCCUCUUCUCACAAAAGUUCCUCGUCGCACAAGAGUUCCAGUCACGAUAAACACAGACACAGCAGCAGUAAGCGCCACUCAGACAGUCCGGGCAAAAGUCCGGCAAGCAAGAAACGAAGAAAGUGAGCGAGCGUUUCAGGGAUUGUCGAGACAAAACUGAAACCCAGUUGGACCAAGUUUUAAUGUGGGUGUCUGCAGACCAGUUUGAACACUUACUUUCCUGGCUUAGUCUGUGCUAUACGGAUCAUGAAUGUGGUCUAUUUUUUGAGCUGAAUAGCUCAGUUCAUGCUCACUUCAUGUCAGCAAAAGAAAAAAUCGAUAAAUAAAUAAAUAAAGGGAAGGUUUGUUUAUUAUCUUGGACUGAUAAAUAGUAGGAUAGAAGGUGCGAUUUCAGUUGUUUUCUAUCAGUAAAAUGUUUAUGGGCCAUGUCAAGGAAAAUGUCAGCAUUUCCAGUUUUUGAUCAACCUAGGAACCAUAUUUAGACAUGUUCUAAUUUAGUAUCCUCGUAGUUUGUUAGGAGAAUGCCAUGGGAAUGAAAUAAGAAAUAUAAGACAGAUUUUCUUGAAGGAAAAUUGUAACAUUGGGAAACUUCAGAUAUCUGUAGUGAAGAGAAAAAAAUAAGAGUGAAAAUUUAUUUAUGUGCUUACCUAGCUUUUUUCAAAGUUUUUUGGAUUCUUGACCUUUUACAUGUCUUGUGUAUUAGAAUCCAUGUGGACGUAAACGUACGUUGUGUACUGAACUGAAGUUUUGCAUUCAGGUGUGUCCUAAAGACAAGCUGUUUGGGUAGCCUGCUACUAAAUCAGAGUUCAGUUUUUUCAUGUCGCAACGAAGUGCGUGUAGGUGCGUAUAUACUAGACACCUACACGCCCAUUCUCCCAAGCAUCCAUUGCUCAGACAAGAACUGCCCUCACAUCCACUGGAGCUAUUUUCUUCUCCAACUCAAGAAACAAUAGUCCAUAUAGUACAAGGGAAAAAAUCCUGAGUAUGGCGUAAAACAACAAACAAAGAAAUACACAUUACAUAUUUGACCAAUCUCAAACUGUGUUUUCUUACAAGUUGUCAUUCCAAGACAAUUUUUGCACGCCAAUAGUAUACAUUUCGAACGCGCCGUAGUUUUGUAUCCAACUACGCAAAGAGUAGGGGAAUCCAAACCACUCCCACCUACUGGAUGUCCUGACAGACUGCUGUGAGUCUUGUUUGUUGUGUCACACCCAAAGCCACGUCCUCACUUCGCCCACCCAUUCUCCUGUAAAAUUUUCCUGUUAUCGUUUUGUUCUUCACCACACAUAAUAGCUGGGCAUUACGGCUGACGUCCCCCUGUUUACUUUACAGCAUACUGCCCCCGGUAUGGCGCAGAUUAUAUGGUACAGACCAAUGUGGGAUAGGUAUUUAGAGUAUUCCUCGUGCAGUGUGUCCUGGAGAAAGAUGAGAAGUUAUUCCACAACAUAGCAUCGGACAAGCCUCUUUUAUUCAGCAUCGUUUCUAAAUUAUACGUUUUUAACAGCUGAAUCUGAUUAACUCGACUAAUCUUGAUCUUCCGCAAAAUAUGGAAGUUGCGAUUUAUGUGCGAAAUGUGUUAAAAACAAUUAUAUAAUAAUUCCAAUGAUAAGUAUUCUGAAGGACAGACUUAAGCAUCUUACUGUUGGCUUGGUGUUCAGAUAUUUUCUACAUUAUUCAAUAUCUGUGACUGACUAGUAGUUUCAAAGCUCUACAUGACUCGGUACAGCCUGGAAUCGUAAAUUCGGCAUGAAAACUUAUGUAACCAGUUAUAAUCAAACCCAAAUCUUAGAAAUGUUGUGAUGUUGAUAAACUACCGUUUGUAAAUACAGGUUGUGCGAACUCAGAAAAGUGUUCCUUUGUUGUCGGUGUUUUUUCUUUCUUUG